GUUGAGAACCGCUGGAACCACUUGUGGCCUUGGGCAAGUUAAUUAACCUUUCUGAAGCUUAGUUUUCCUAUUUGUAAAAUGGGUAUAAUAAUAGUGACUACCUCAUAAAGGUAUGGUGACUAUUAAGUGAGUGCAAGCUUGUAUAGCUCAUGGGUAUGGUACUUUGUACCUACCACCUACUUAGUAAAUCAUAGCUUAAUAUUUUGAUGAUACAGGUGACUUUAAGUCUAUAUCAUGAACUCUGUUUUCUUCUGAACUUCAGUCUUGUAUAUCUAAUUGCCUGUUAAGCAUUUAUAUUUUUCUACAUUACCUUAAACACAAGUCCAAAAUCAAACCUCUCAUUCCACAUCGAGAUGAUCUUUUUUGUUGUGCAUAUGUGAUUUAAGUGUAGAUAUAAAGAACCAAAAUUUCAGUUGUCAAAUACUUAGAAAUAUCUUAAUAAAUAUCUCAAAAGUAGAAGUUGCAAAUUAUGUUAUCAGAAUUCUGAACAGAAUAGUUGCUGCUUCAUACCACACUAACUUUUUUUUAACUUGCAAAACUAUUUCAUUUGACAUGGAGGACCUUAACUAAAUACAUGUCCAAAAGAACUCUAUUAAUGCCCAGUAGGAAUUUAGAAACACAGUAAAUAAAAGACAUUUAUAUCUUUUUUAUAUUUGUUCUGAUCUCUCUGCUCUUAGACUCUCACACAGAAUCCCAAGAGGGCAACUGUUAGUUUAUAUUUUCUAAGUCUAAUGCCCUUUUAAAAACAUUGGUUAUUUGUUGUAUGUUGAUACUUGGACACAAAAUUGGCACUCAGUGAGUAGCUUUUAAGUAAAGGAAUCAAAGGAAAUGCAAGAUACAAGCUACAUGGUCCCUGCAAGAUACAAGCUACAUGAUCCCUGCAAUCAGGAUUUCCAAUUUUCAAGCCUGAUGGGAUCUCUCAGCUGGAACAAGAUCUACAGGUCUUUGAUUUGGAAACUAAGAAUAGAGAAGUCUUAAGAGAUGACUGCUCAGAUGGAGGAACCAGAGAAGAGAACAAGCUGUUGAUUCCUAAGCAGAAAAUUUCAGAAGUGCAUUCAUGCAAAAUGAGAGUAGGAAGACUCAAAAAGGAUGCCGGCCAAGUUCCUGAGACUAGAGAAGUGUAUAAACCUGAGGACAGAUUAGAAAGGCUUCAGGAAAUACUAAGGAAAUUUUUAUUCCUGGAGAAAGAGUUUAGGCAAAUAACAAUCAGCAAGAAAACUUUCACCAGUGAAAACAAUGAAUGUAAUGAACCUGAAAAAAGCUUCAGUCUGGAAUCUACCCUUGAUACAGACCAGAGAGAUCUUAGAAUACAGAACAUUGAUGACAUUGAUAGGUAUGACAUUAGCCUCAACCAGAAUUCAGCUGCUGAGAAACAUGAACAAGUAAAUCUAACACAGGAUUUUCAGAAUAGUGAAUAUAAAGAAAGCUUAAUGGAUCUUUCCCACCUUAGUAAAUGUGAGAGCAUUUUCACCACUGAGAAAUCCUAUAAAUGUGAUGCAUGUGAGAAAAUCUUCCAUCAGAGCUCAGCUCUUUCUAGACAUCAGAGAAUUCAUACUAAAGAGAAACCCUACAAAUGUAAAGAAUGUGAAAAAUCUUUCAGUCAGAGCUCAAGUCUUAGUCGACAUAAAAGAAUACAUACUAGAGAAAAACCCUAUAAAUGUGAAGUGUCUGAGAAGUCCUGUGAAUUAUCUGAUAAAUCCUCUAGUCAGAGCUCAGGCAUAAUGAAGCAUAAGAGGAUUCACACUAAAGCAAAAUCUUAUAAAUGUAGCAAUUGUGAAAGAGUAUUCAGUCGUAGUGUACACCUUACUCAACAUCAGAGAAUUCACAGAGAGAUGCCCUGUAAGUGUACUGUAUGUGGCAGCGACUUCUACCAUACCUCAUUCCUAGUCGAACAUCAGAAGGUUCACUGUGAAGAGAAAGCCUAUGAAUAUGAAUGUGGGAUGAACUUUACUAAACAUCAAGGAGUUAGUCUCAGAGAAAAGCCCUAUACAUGUACUGAAUGUGGAAAAGACUUCAGAUUGAAUUCCCAUCUUAUUCAGCAUCAAAGAAUUCACACAGGAGAGAAACCACAUGAAUGUAAUGAAUGUGGGAAAGCUUUCAGUCAAACCUCAUGCCUUAUUCAGCAUCACAAAAUUCACAGGAAAGAGAAAUCCUCUGAGUAUAAUGCUUAUGAGGAAAGUUUUAAUCAUAGCUCAGAUCUUGUCCUGCAGCGAGAAGUCCUUGCCAGAGAAGAAGCCUUUGAUUGUGAUGCAUGGGAAAAGAACCUCAUUCAGAGAGCACAACUUGUUCAACAUCAAAGAAUUCAUACCAAAGAGAAACCUUAUGAAUGUAAUGAACGUGGGAAGACAUUUAGCCAAGUUCAGGCCUCAUUCAAUAUCUGAGAGUUCACACCAGGGAAAAAUUGUGAGUACUGAAUGUGAUAAAAUCUUCAGUCAGCUCAACCUUUUCAUCAUCGGAGAAUCCACACCAGAGAGAAAUUUUCUGAAUGUGAUGAAUGUAGGAAAGCUAUUAGUUUUAAACUUUUAAUUGAUGCCUGCACACCCAUACCAGAGAAAACCUACAAAUAUAUUGAAUGUGGUAAAUGCUUUAUGUUAUGUUCAUAACUUAGUCAUCAUUGGAGAAUUCAUACAGGAAUAAAAGCCCACUACUGUAAAGAAUGUGAAAAAGCCUUCAGUCAAAGAAAAUACCUUUUCAGCAUCAAAUUCAUUCCAUGCAGAAAGCCUGUGAAUGUAAUAAAUGUGUGUGUGUGUGAAGAUUCAGUCAUAUUUCAAUCUUCAUUCAACAUCAAAGAAUCCAUACCCAAGAGAAGCCAUUGAGUAUAGGAGUUCAAGUCUUUUUCAUCAUAUCUACACCAGACCAGAAUCUGAUACAACACAAAUGGAAAAAAUUUAUUGCCAUAUUUCAGGCUUCACUCAACAUCAAAAUAUUGAAGGGACAAUUGUUGAUUAUUUGAAUAUGAAAUCAUUAAUAUAUAGUCCCGAUCUUUUUCAUUGCAGAAGAAUCUAGCCUGAGGAGUGACAUGGUGAAUGCAGUACUGUUUUCUCAUGGCAUUCUUUAAUAUAAUAGGUGUUGUAAGUAACUAUGUAUACUUUAUUUAUGGAAUUCAUUUAAGCUAUUUUUAUUUUAAUGUGGCCUAUAAACAUUUUUCUUUUUCUUGAAAUUGGUAUGUAUUGUUCUCAGCUUCCCUAAGGUACUGUAAUUACACCAAUGUUAAAACAUAUCAGCAUCUGGAAGGUAGCUCAUUUAGUUUUUUCUGCUGUUCUCCACUCAGGUUCUCUCCAAAACAGACUAUUAGGUCUGCUCUUUUCUGAAGACCCUAAUUCCUAUUUGUUUCUAGCCACAACAACUGGAUUCCUGUUGAUUUCUCCACUCUCUUAAGCGCCUUCAAAUGAUGGUUUCCUAGUUUUAAGCUUUUCACCAGCAGGUAUGCCAUCCCUACUUGAUGUCACUGUUCUGGUGUCUUCUUUCCCAAAGUAAAGCAUCUUCCUUUAAAAGAAUUGGAUUUCCACAUCCAGUUCACCCAUGAGUAUGAAAGAUUCUGUCUUCCUUGAAUUUAUGACAGACAGCUAAACAAUUUCAAGUGAUGCCCAAGUUUUUAGCUGCCUUGUUUUGCAUCCACAGCCCACUAACAGAGAUGUAAGGACUCUUAAUGUUAUAGCUACAUUCAUUCAGCAUCUACUCUGCAUGUCUAAGUUUAGAAAUAUUUUAUAUACUUCCAUUGAAGGCCAGCAAAAUGCUCGGGCUUGUUUUUGAUAGGGCAAAACAUAAAGAACAUAUACUAAAAGACCAGAGAGCUUCAUAAGGCAGAGAGCUCAGCCUACCAACAAAGAUAUUGCUGUUCUUACAUAAUAUCUCCAGAGAGAAUAUUUCAAGAGAGUUGGUAAUUCUGUUCCUGGUAAAAUUUUAACCAUUAAGAUUGUUUUCUUAUCUAUUUGGAUUUCCACCUUCAAUAUCCCCUCAUCAGUCUAGGACAGUAUUUGAAGUGUGGGGGCAUUUUGUAUACUUAUUAUCACAUUUUUUUUUGUAUUUUACUAGAGUCUAUAGGCCAUAUACAAGAACAUGAUUUUCUUGAUUGAUAAAAGUGAUCACAGAUGUUGGCUCCAGAUUUCAGGAUCACCAUCAUAACACCUAGCAACAGUUUAUGAUUCUUAGAUGAUGUCAAAGCACUUUAUUAUAUUUUUCCAUCUUAAGUUUCAUAAUAUUUUGUGAAUAAGACAAGUGUUAUUUAAAAUUCUAGUUGUCAUUCCAGCAGUUGAGGCCUUCAUAGUCCAGAAGUUAUAAUAUUCAUGAGGGAUCCUCAACAAAUAUAUAAAAAUGUAUUGCUUGCCCUAUAAGCAUUUUAUGGCUAACCUCUAGGAUAGUUCUACCAGUAUAUUUUACCUCUUAGUCAUCAGCAAGCAUAUGAUCUAAUCAGGGCAAGGUAGGAAUCUAAACGUAAAAUCAAAUGGAAAUGCAUGUUUUUUUUCCUCUGUCUCCAGGGAUUAUGAAACAGAGGAUGAAGUAAUCCUUAAAUACCAGAAUGUAUAAACAUCACUUGUAUGCAUUUGGUUUAGGAAUGUGCUUUUUACUUCCGCUUGAAUAAAAGUGUGUUUGAUAUUCUGCAAAUCUGUUUAAAAUAAAAUCUGAAGGCCUUAGCUGGAAGCAUUUGGAAAUUUUGGAAUCACCUUUCUGGCUGCAACUCAGUUCCUUACAGAUACUUACUUCAUAGCAAGAGUAGAUUGUUCUCCUGUAUACUGGUACUUGCUCUUCCACAGAACUCUUGAGGAAUAAAGUCUGAAUGUUUAGGAAUUAAAGGAUUAUUCAGUUGGUAUGGUGUCAGUACAUAAAAUAAGAGGAAAUCAUUUGAGGUUUCAGUUAAAUUAGGCAGAAUGUGUGUGUUUUUUUAGUAAAACACAUUUUUAAAAAUUAGAAAAAAGUAACUUGCCAGUUUAAGCUUGCUGAUAUUUAAUUGGUCCAAUAGAAUAUGAGUUUGUGUUAAUUUUUUUAGUCUUGAUGCUGGAGAGGUAAGAGAAGAAAUCUAAUAGUUGAGGGACCUAAUUUUAUCUUCUAUCUGCCCACCCACCUACAUGUACAUAUAUGUAUGUGCAUAUUCAAACUUAUUCCUCACAACUCUGCAAGGGAACUAGCUUCAUUUUACAGAACUGAGGUAUAGGGAGGUUAAAGAACUUGUUAGGAUCACAUAGCAAGUUCAAAGUCAGGUGUGUUUGACUCCAAAACGUCAAGUUGGUAUUAGACACCAACCAGGGACGUUUUCUUUGAUUGCUCUUCAUUCCUUGUUACACCCCAAUGUUUCACUGUUACUAGUUUGCAACUCAUCCUAAAUGCUCUCAAAGCUCUCUGGGAUACUAGGAGAAAAUAUCCCAAUAUCUCUUGGUACUAGUUAGAGACCCUUCUCCGCCCCAUGAAUAGGCUUAGACAAUUUUGACUGUGACAGGUCACAGAUCAAAGGUCCCAAAUUCCUGUCUCCUGUUAAGUCCCCUCCAUUCCCAUCACUAGAUUUACAUUUCCAUUUUCAAUGCCCAAAUGUGCUCUUAAUUUUUGCUGCUAAUUAGAACUUGCUGAUGGACAUUUAUUCUUACCAAGAUUUACUGUCACCUCUGGUUACAUUAUAGCAGUGGAACAAAGCAGUUAUUGGGAAAAUCAAGUUUGAUACCUAGGUUCUGGGUUGAGCAAAAGAGUAUCCAGAUAGAGGUAGACUUGAAAGAUAUGUGGUACACUGGAAGAGGAGCAAGGAGAGCAUUUCAGACAAGAGAGAUGAUGUCAGAAGGCCUACAAAUGAGAAUAUGGCAUUUUCAGGGCAAUAUAUGAGCUUUCUGGAGAAAUGCCUCACGCUAGCAAAUAGUAUGAAGGUAACUGAUGAAGUUGAAGAACGAAAACUUCUAGGGUGUCAUCUCAGCAAAGCAUAAUGGGAUUCCCACAACUAGAAAUGUAACUACCUGUCCAUUCAAUAAUACAUUUGCCAGACACUAUGAUAUUCAGUGCUAGUCAAAGGAUACAGUUAACCUAAUCAAAUGAAUGAAACCAUCUGCUGAGUAAAAAUAAACAGAUUAGUUGUCUAAACAAUAGCUUCAGAAUUAGACAUACCUGUGUUUGAAUUUUGCUGUUUACUAGCUGUGUGACUUUGGAAAUUUUACUAGUCUCUCUAGUUUUCUUGCCUAUACAAUGUGGCUAAUAGCAUGAAAAUUAAAGAGAUAAUGUAAAAGGUACUGGUCAUAUAGUAAGUGCCAAAUAGUUAUUAAUAUAAAUACUAUUAUAAAAACCAGUAAAAAUAGAAGACAGAUGUUUAGAUAGAAGAUGGAAUUAAUGACCAAGCAUUUAACAGUGUAGGACUGGCAUUGUCCAGGAUGGGAUGCCCUGGGUUUGGAGAACUUAAAUAUGACUAGAGAAAACAUCAGGCAUCCUUGUCUGUGGUAGGAACUGCCUCCUGACAGGCACUCCCUGUUGGAGUCAGCAAGCUGACAUCUGUCUUGUCUAAAAUUCAUAUGAGUUCACAUUUUCAAAAUACAAGUGCAUAAAGGAACUAUUGUUUAAUCCAAGACUGUAAGAAUGAUUUCAAUAAGAAAUCAGAUGGUACCCUGUAUAAGUCAACAAGAAAAUAAUGCUGGAAUUUUUUUAUUUUGUUGAUGCAUCCUAUUCACUCCACUUAUAGAAAAUGGUUAACCUCUUGUAUUUGUAUUUCAUUCAUGUUUAUAAAUUUACAACUUGGACAUAA